GCCGGGGGCUGCGCGCCGAGCCGAGCCGAGCCGCCGAGGGAUGGAGAGCCGGCAGCCGGAGCUGCAGGAGCACCGGCGCGGGGCGUAGGCGGGCGCGGGCAGGCGCUCGGGCGCGAGAAGUGUGCGGGCGCAGGAGCACUUUGCGAUAGGAUGAGGCUCUUGGCUGGCGCGCGGUAGUACUAUGAUUUGGUAUGUGGCCACUUUGAUAGCAAGUGUGAUCAGCACCCGAGGUCUCGCGGCUCAAGGUGCCCACGGCCUGCGAGAGGAGCCCGAGUUUGUGACUGCGAGAGCCGGUGAGAGCGUGGUCCUGCGAUGCGACGUGAUCCACCCGGUGACGGGACAGCCCCCGCCCUAUGUGGUGGAGUGGUUCAAGUUUGGGGUGCCCAUCCCUAUCUUCAUCAAGUUUGGCUACUAUCCCCCCCAUGUGGACCCUGAGUAUGCAGGCCGGGCGAGUCUUCAUGAUAAAGCAUCCCUGCGACUGGAGCAGGUUCGCUCUGAGGACCAGGGCUGGUACGAGUGCAAAGUGCUCAUGCUGGACCAGCAGUAUGACACCUUCCACAACGGCAGUUGGGUGCACCUCACCAUCAACGCUCCUCCCACCUUUACAGAAACACCCCCCCAGUACAUUGAGGCCAAGGAGGGUGGCAGCGUUACCAUGACCUGCACAGCUUUUGGGAACCCCAAGCCCAUUGUCACCUGGCUCAAGGAGGGGACACUCCUGGGUGCUAGUGGGAAAUACCAGGUGAGUGACGGCAGCCUGACGGUGACGUCGGUCAGUCGAGAGGACAGAGGCGCCUACACCUGUCGAGCAUACAGCAUCCAGGGGGAGGCCGUCCACACUACCCACCUGCUUGUCCAAGGGCCUCCCUUUAUAGUGUCCCCUCCUGAGAACAUCACUGUCAACAUAUCCCAGGAUGCUCUGCUCACCUGCCGGGCGGAGGCGUAUCCCGGCAACCUCACCUACACCUGGUACUGGCAGGAUGAGAACGUCUACUUCCAGAAUGACCUGAAGCUGAGAGUGCGGAUUCUGAUUGAUGGGACCCUGAUCAUCUUCCGGGUGAAGCCCGAGGAUGCAGGGAAGUACACCUGUGUCCCUAGCAACAGUCUGGGGCGCUCCCCCUCAGCCUCGGCCUACCUGACUGUGCAGUACCCAGCCCGUGUCCUCAACAUGCCCCCUGUAAUCUACGUGCCCGUGGGAAUUCAUGGUUAUAUCCGCUGCCCUGUGGACGCAGAGCCACCGGCCACUGUGGUCAAGUGGAACAAGGAUGGCCGCCCCCUGCAGGUCGAGAAGAACCUGGGCUGGACCUUGAUGGAAGAUGGUUCCAUUCGAAUUGAGGAGGCCACAGAGGAGGCUCUUGGCACUUACACCUGUGUGCCUUACAACACCUUGGGGACCAUGGGCCAGUCUGCUCCUGCGCGGCUUGUCCUGAAGGACCCCCCGUAUUUUACGGUGCUACCAGGCUGGGAGUACAGGCAGGAAGCUGGCCGGGAGCUGCUCAUCCCCUGUGCGGCCGCGGGGGACCCUUUCCCAGUCAUCACGUGGAGAAAGGUAGGGAAGCCCAGCAGAAGCAAGCACAACGCCCUGCCCAGCGGGAGCCUCCAGUUCCGAGCCCUGAGUAAGGAGGACCACGGGGAGUGGGAGUGCAUCGCCACCAACGUGGUCACCAGCAUCACUGCCAGUACCCACCUGACCGUCAUCGGCACCAGCCCCCAUGCCCCAGGCAGUGUCCGGGUCCAGGUCUCCAUGACAACUGCCAACGUGUCUUGGGAACCAGGCUAUGAUGGAGGAUUCGAGCAGACAUUCUCAGUUUGGUACGGACUUCUGAUGAAGCGGGCACAGUUCGGGCCCCAUGACUGGCUGUCUCUGCCAGUGCCACUGGGACCCAGCUGGUUGCUAGUGGAUGCCCUGGAGCCUGAGACAGCAUACCAGUUCAGCGUCCUGGCCCAGAACAAGCUGGGAACGAGCGCCUUCAGUGAGGUGGUCACUGUGAACACUUUAGCAUUCCCUGUUACAACUCCAGAACCCCUGGUGCUGGUUACCCCACCACGGUGCCUCACAGCCAAUCGGACCCAGCAGGGUGUGCUCCUGUCUUGGCUCCCACCUGCCAACCAUAGCUUUCCCAUUGACCGCUACAUCAUGGAGUUCCGUGUCGGAGAGCGCUGGGAGACGUUGGAUGAUGCCAUCCCAGGCACAGAUGGAGACUUCUUUGCCAAGGAUCUGUCACAGGACACCUGGUAUGAGUUCCGAGUUCUGGCUGUCAUGCAGGAUCUGAUCAGCGAGCCCAGCAACAUCGCCGGCGUCUCCAGCACAGACAUCUUCCCGCAGCCGGACCUGACCGACGACGGGCUAGCUCGGCCUGUGUUGGCUGGAAUCGUAGCUACCAUCUGCUUCUUGGCAGCUGCCAUCCUGUUCAGCACCCUGGCCGCCUGCUUUGUCAACAAGCAGCGCAAGCGUAAGCUCAAGCGCAAAAAAGAUCCUCCACUGUCCAUCACGCACUGCAGGAAGAGCCUAGAGUCUCCCUUGUCCUCUGGCAAGGUGAGCCCCGAGAGCAUCCGGACGCUCCGGGCCCCAUCAGAGUCCUCCGAUGACCAAGGCCAGCCAGCAGCCAAAAGGAUGCUGAGUCCCACCCGGGAGAAGGAGCUGUCCUUGUACAAGAAGACCAAGAGGGCCAUCAGCAGCAAGAAGUACAGUGUGGCCAAGGCCGAGGCUGAGGCCGAGGCCACAACGCCCAUUGAGCUUAUCAGCAGAGGUCCCGACGGCCGCUUUGUGAUGGAUCCCUCCGAGAUGGAGCCCUCGAUGAAGAGUAGGCGCAUCGAGGGCUUUCCCUUUGCGGAGGAGACGGACAUGUACCCUGAGUUUCGCCAGUCGGACGAGGAGAACGAGGACCCACUCGUGCCCACGUCUGUGGCUGCCCUGAAGUCCCAACUGACCCCUCUGUCAUCCAGCCAGGAGUCCUACCUGCCACCACCAGCAUACAGCCCUCGGUUCCAGCCCCGCGGGCUGGAGGGCCCCGGCGGCCUGGAAGGUCGGCUCCAGGCCACAGGCCAAGCCAGGCCCCCUGCCCCCCGGCCCUUCCACCAUGGCCAGUAUUAUGGGUACCUCAGCAGCAGCAGCCCUGGGGAGGUGGAGCCGCCACCUUUCUACAUGCCAGAAGUGGGCAGCCCCUUGAGCUCCGUGAUGUCUUCCCCACCCCUGCAAACCGAGGGGCCUUUUGGCCACCCCACCAUCCCUGAGGAAAAUGGAGAGAACGCUUCCAACAGCACACUGCCCUUGACUCAGACGCCCACAGGAGGGCGCUCCCCUGAGCCCUGGGGCCGGCCAGAAUUCCCUUUUGGGGGCCUGGAAACCCCGGCCAUGAUGUUCCCCCCACAGCUGCACCCCUGUGAUGUAGCCGAGAGCCUGCAGCCCAAGGCCUGCCUCCCCCGAGAACUGCCCCCCACCUCCCUCCAGGUGCCCGCGGCCUACCCGGGCAUCCUGUCUCUGGAGGCGCCAAAGGGUUGGGCAGGCAAGUCGCCAGGCAGAGGCCCUGUCCCAGUGCCCGCCGCCACCAAGUGGCAGGACAGACCUAUGCAACCUCUGGUGAGCCAAGGGCAGCUAAGACAUACCAGCCAAGGUAUGGGCAUACCUGUGUUGCCUUACCCCGAGCCGGCCGAGCCGGGGGGGCACGGCGGCCCCAGCACAUUUGGCCUGGACACCCGGUGGUAUGAGCCCCAGCCCCGGCCCCGGCCCAGCCCCCGGCAGGCCAGGCGUGCCGCCGAGCCCAGUUUACAUCAAGUGGUGCUACAGCCCUCCCGGCUCUCGCCUCUGACCCAAAGCCCCCUCAGCUCCCGCACUGGCUCCCCUGAGCUUGCCGCCCGGGCCCGGCCUCGCCCGGGCCUCCUGCAGCAGGCGGAGAUGUCCGAGAUCACCCUUCAGCCGCCAGCCGCCGUCAGCUUCUCUCGCAAGUCCACGCCAUCCACGGGUUCCCCUUCCCAGAGCAGCCGCAGCGGGAGCCCCAGCUACAGGCCUACUGUGGGCUUCACCACUCUGGCCACAGGCUACCCCUCCCCCCCGCCAGGCCCUGCCGGGCCUGGGGACAACUUGGAUGUGUUUGGACAGACGUCUUCCCCUCGAAGGAUGGGGGAGGAGCUGCUCAGACCAGAGCCCCCCCCACCACCCUUACCUACUUCAGGAACACAUCCACCUGCACCUGGGAAUACUGCUGCACCUGAGAGGCUGGAGGCUCUGAAAUACCAACGGAUAAAGAAGCCCAAAAAGGCAUCCAAGGGCUCUUUGAAGUCAAAGAAACGAUCCGACGAUUCUGCCUCCCAGCAGCUUCCAGACUCUCAGGUUCUGUGGCCUGACGAAGCUGUCUGCCUCCGGAAGAAGAAGAGACAUUCUCGGCCUGACCCCUUUGCCCGCCUGUCAGACCUGUGCCACCGCCAGCUGCCGGAGGACCAGACGGCGAUUCUCAACAGCGUGGACCACGAUGACCCCGGCCAUGCCACUCUGCUGUGACGCAGCCCAAGUCUAAGUGUUCCCAGAGCGAGAAGGCUGGGCUGAGGGUGGGGGAGGGAUGUGUGGCAAAGGGUGUGCGAGCCUCGUCUGCCUCUGUCGGCUGAGGGUUAGUUUCGAGGGCUGCUCAGACCUUUGCAUGUUCUCUCUCCAGCCAGAGCAGGAGUCUCCUCCAGCUCCUGGCCUGCUGGCCUCUCUUUGGGACAGAGGGCUGGGGGCAGACCUUUCGCCAGGGUAGGGAUCGGGAAGUGAACAGGGGCAGGGGGAGUUCUUCCUCCUCCCCACCUCUUCCCUCUUCACUAGAUUGAUUUUUCUUACCUCUUCAAAUGUCGCUGGAAGUGAAGAAGAGGAAAGCAAUGGCUUUUACUGCUCUCUGCUUCUGUUUCAGUUUUUCAACUCCUGGAAGAGGGCUGGGCUUCCAUCCCAUCAUCCAAACUCUACAUAUAUAUAGAUAUAGAUACAAAUGCAAAUGUAUGUAGUUUGUGGGUUUCUCUAUGUGUAUGUAUAUGUACAUUGGAGCAAAGUGCUGUUUAUUUCCAGGGUCAGUGAAAGAAGGAGGAAGAGGGCAGCAGACAUCGGGUUUGUGAGCAGCACUGGCAGGGAGCUGGCUGGGUGCCCUGGUGUCUGUUUUGGGCAUUCUUCCUCCUGAAACGGGAUUCAUGCCUUCUCAGCUGAAUUCACCAUUUGUCUCUCUACCUUCUCCCAUCCGGAGCAGAAUGAGAGGCUUGCCAUGAUUGCCAGCUGCCUGCUUUAGGGGUUCAGCAAGGAGUUACCACAGAACUAAACACAAGCCUUUAUUUCUUGGUUCCUGGGUGAAGAAAAGGUGGCUAGGCAAAGGCCAGACUGGCAUCUUUCUUCUGCAGUUUGGCUCAUGCUACAGAAGUAGAAGCUGCUUAGCAGCGGGGCUGAGCAGGCCCCGAUGCACAAAUUAGAGCUCAUCCGUCAGUCCCUUCUGGUCCAGCCAGGGCGAGGAGCCCUGUGGCCAAAGGGCCUCCCAUUCGGGAGCCAUCUGUGCUCAGCACCAAGCUGCCGCGGCUCUAUUUAUAUCCUGUCUGUGGCUCAGCACCCUCUGGAGUGCGGUUCCAAAGCUGCUGAUUGGAUUCCUCCUUUCCUUUUGUGGGAGCUAAUUCCCCAGAUUGAUUAAUUGCCGCUUGUGGGGAGCCCGCCUGCGACUCCCUUCCUUACUCUCCACGUACUGCCUGCUGACUCUUCUUUGCCCAGGCGCCCUCCUCCAUCCUGUGGACCUGGGCACCAAUGGGAUGGGAUCAGAUGAAGCUAGGCAGCUUCAGAUUCCUGGGUUCUAGGGGCACUCUGCACCCUCCUUCUCUUCCCCCAGUUCUGUUAAUGUGGAAUUGGCUGAGGCAUGGGAAUGAAGGUGAAAGGAGGGGUAGGUAGGGGCCUGGGCUCUGAUCCUUUCUCUGCCAAAAUCUUGUCCUAUUUCAAACUGUUAGCACCCAGAAGCUUCUGUGAGGUCAUCUUCUGUGAGGGACUAAAGAUGUAUCUCUCUCUUCCAAUAAGAUAAUGGUGCUGCCCAAGACAAGGCAGACCGCCCUGAGGGUGGUUGGGGGUGCAUCUGGUCUCUCUUGUCCCCUCUUGCUGUGCAGGAGCCUACCCUUCCAGCUGCCUGAGAAUAAAGGUGGCUAUCAGGUUCCUUGAAGUAUUUCCUUCUUGGUGCUGCUGUCUUGGUAGGUUUGGGGACAUCUACCUCUCCCCAGUUACCCUCUUGGACAUUGGCCAAGUCAAAGCAGUAGGUGCUUCUGCGAGUUCAUUGCAGUUGCCAGUGGCUCAGCCCAAUGACCUAGGCAAGGUGGGGCCUCUGAGAGCCGGGAACCUACUCCUUUCUGGGAGCUUCCAUCUUAGGGGAUGAGUUCUUCUUUGCUGCACAGACCCCGGUGCUUCCUUUCUCUCGCCUAGCGAAUGGGGACCAACUCCACCCUUGGGAUUCUGCCACACAAGUCACACAACCACAGUUCAUUUCUGAAUGUGACGGGUUGUGGCAAAAGAAGUGGAAGGGGGCAGAGUUUCUGGCCCUUGUCUUGUUGACUGCCUCAUUGUUCUGGGGCUAGGGUGGAACCUGGACUUUCUGGCUAAUGCACUUCUCUGAGCAUCCAAAUCCACUUGACUACUGGGCAGCAGCUCCAGCGAAAUGGGAGAGCAGAGAUCGGGUGACUCUGUCUUCUUUUCUGAGGCAGCACUACCUCUGCCACCAUGCCCCAAUAAGUGAUUCACGAGUACCUUUCCGGGGGCAUGUGAGGGUGCAUGUGGGGCUCCUACCGGGUCACUUUGUAGGCUUUGUCUGUACUCUCAUGGAGUGUUGUUUCUCAACCAUUGUGGAUCCUGGCUGGAAUGUGAGGCUGGGGUAGCAGGAUGAAUUAGGCCAACCUUUCUGAGCCCCGUGCUGGGAAUUCUAGGCCCUGAGGUUACAGAAGAAGAGGAGAAGAUGAAGUAGAAAGCGUUGCUUCUUUGGGAUGUCAUACAAGGCUGAGAGCCAAACUCUAAGCUGAGGUGCCUCAGACCAUGGCUGUUUUCCCCGGGACCCACCGUGAGCUGUUUUCAUGGCUGACACGGGUGCUGGCUUCUUUCUUCUCUUCUUCCUCUGGCAGUGCCCUUUCCUCAGCUCAUCAGGCCCAAUGACUGGAGCAGUGCUUUUUGCUGGCCACUGGGUGGCACCUGUGUCAGGAUGUCCCCAAGGCUAGAGAAAGGACACAAGGCCAACCUAUCUCCUGACAACCUCAGACUCGUUUCUCCUCCCAAGAGGGCUUCCUUCUUGUGACUGUAUCAUUAGAGGCCAGCAGACUUCCAGCACCCUGGGAGCUAUUUCAUCCUUGCUUUAAGGACUGUGAUGGAAAUUGGCAGAAUACAGUCCCCUUGGUCCAUGUGAUGAAGGGUAAAGAUGUCAUAGGUACACGCUUAAGUGCUGAGUGUGUGCACGUGUGUGCGGGUGUGAUUGUGAAUGUGUGCAUGGUGGGAUGUAGCCCUUUCUCGGGACCAAAUGUCCUUUGUGCUCUGCCCCUGAACAAUUGCAAUGAACACUCUUAAGCUUCCUAGGACUUUCACACUCCACUCUGUGGGAGAUCAGAUGUCUUCCAAACUUCCCCUUUUAUGGUCUGGUAGCUUUGCAGGAGAAGUAACUCAGAUAAAAACCUAUUCCUGUGUCUCAGACUUUUGUCUGACCUUCAUUCUGCAUCUUGGCUGGAAACCACAGCUGUUUCAGGGUUAGGUGAUUUGCAGACCAGAAAAAGGGUAAAAGGAUUCUAGAAGGGGCUUGAGGCUGAAAGCACUUAGGGGGAUCUGAGACUGCAAUUAUUUGGGGGAAAACAUGAGCAAUAA